AGCACGGCCUGACGCACCAGAGAGAAGAGCCACAAGAGCCCGAAGAAGAGCCAGAAGAGCCAGAAGAAGAGCGAGAAGAGCGAGAAGAGCGAGAAGAGCGUGAAGAAGAGCGAGAAGAGCGAGAAGAAGAAGAAGAGAAGAGCCGGGAGAGAGGCGCGGGGAGGAGACAUGUCCGAGUCCCAGUACCGGGAGUGGAUCCUGGACACCAUCGACUCGCUGCGGUCGCGGAAAGCCCGGCCGGACCUGGAGCGGAUCUGCCGGAUGGUGCGGCGGCGCCACGGGUUCGAGUCCGAGCGGACGUGCGCGGAGCUGGAGGCGCUGAUCCGGGAGCAGACGGUGCUCAAAGUGAACUACAAGGGCUCCGUGUCCUACCGCAACGCCGCCAAGGUGCAGCGGAGGAGCCGCAGGAAGGACGACGGAACAGCGGGGACGGCGGGGACCGCAGCCGGGGGGGGGCGGCGGAGCAGCGCGGCGGCGGCGGCGGAGGACGCGAGCCUCUCGGACCUGAGCAACGGGGACAGCGCGCUCGGUCCCGCGGACCAGGACCCGGACCAGGACCCGGACCCGGACGAGGAGGAGGACCUGGAGGCUGACACCUCUCUGGCUAUGGACACAGACAGUAAUGCAGAGGAGGAGGGGGGGGCUGAUGACAGCCAGGACGGGCAGGGCAGGCCCCCCCCCCCUGGCCGCACGCAUGAGGACGCCGCGGUGCACUGUAGCGCCGUGCGAGCCUUCUCCGCCCCCUGCUCCCCCUCUGGCGCCCGGCCCGGCCCCGGCCUCGGCUCCGGCCCUGGCUCGGCCCCGGACUCUCUCUCUCUCCAGAAGGCUGGUGAGAGGCCCAGCUCCUUGCCCCCCCCCAGCCCCAGGGCCCUCCCACACAAUGACUGGGCUUGUGAUUCUGCCGUCUGCCCAGCGGAGCGCCAGCACCCAGGAAUGCAGAGAGACAAAGAAGCAGCCUUGAAGCCAGCGGUCCCCUCGGUAACGACCUGUGCUUUAAAGAACAACGUGAAGAAAGAAGAUGGAGGAAAGGUGGAGGACAGCAGCCCUUUGUCCGACCAGUUGGUUCCAGACUAUGCAGCACGACUGGACGAGAGCAGGAAUGUUUCCGACGGACGACCGCAGACACUGUCGCUGCCGUCCGACAACUGUACAUUUAAAAAGAAGAUAGAUAUAUCACUCUUUGCAGCAACUGAAGAUGGUCUUCUGAACGGUGGUAAAGGCGAAGAAAUCUCUGUGAAGAAGGAGAAGAUGAGCCAGAACCUGUUGCAGUGGACCGUGACAGAUGUGGCCACUUACUUCUCUUCAGCCGGCUUUCCAGAGCAGGCGCUGGCCUUUCGGACACAGGAAAUCGAUGGGAAGUCUCUUCUCCUCAUGCAGCGCAGUGAUGUGUUGACCGGUUUGUCCAUCCGUCUCGGCCCCGCCCUCAAAAUCUACGAGCGCCACGUGAAGGUGCUGCAGAGAACCCACUUCCUGGAAUUCGAAGACCUCUGAAGGGUCGGUUCACACGGCGGACAGACGAUGCUGCAUUGACCCACACAUGCAUGCGGUGCCCUCUCCCAUCUGGAUCCUGACACCCACCUUCAUAUACAGUAUAUGUAGAGGGUGAGCGGGGAGAGAAAGGCUGCGGUGGAAUGAACUUUCACUGUGAGAAUGACCAGAAACUGAAAGACAGUCAUCCUACCUCUCAUUAUGGUCUUUGGUUUUCAAAUAGUUGCCAUUUCACCCGUGUGAGGACAGUGUGAAGGCAAUAGACUGCUGCGAUCAGAGUUUGAUUUAUCAAGGAUCGUCCUGCAGGAGUAAGAGAUGGGUGAUGCAGCCGGUGAAGAGCACUCAACCUUGCACCAAGUGCACCACCUGUGGGCUGAUGUACUCACACACACAAGAACGCUGUAGCAAAGUGUUGUCGUGGUUUUGGGUCCAGAAGAACCGGUUGGUUUGUUUGCAGGUCGGAGAUUUCUCCCCUGUGUCCUCCCUCUGUCUUUCACGUUACCUUCUGACAGUCCAGGAAAGGUUUGUAAGUCACACAGAUCAACACAAAGCACAUCUGUUGUGCGUUUUCUUUUCUUCAUGUGUUGAAAUAAUUUAAAUGUAAUCAAAGUGCUGGGGGAAGUCAGACAAUCUACAUAUCUGCAUCACAAGUCAACAGUCUGAUUCCUGACUUAUAUUGCUGCUGAUGCUGGAUAUCGUCUUUGUGGUAUAACCAAGAUGAUAUACUACUACUUGCUGGCAAGGCAAUAUGUUUCUUGUUUUAUCUUAUUAUAUAUAAAUUAAUGUGGUCCAACUUAAUACAGCUGCAUUCUGGGAACAAUUUCAGAAAGCUGUGACCAGUCGAUGUGCUGCCUAAUAAAAUUAGCUUUUAUACAUAAGCAAACUUAAGUAAUAAACCUGCGGGAAAUGUCAUUGUAAUACUGAGUUAUUGUUUUGAAUUAAAUACAGUUGCUCGGCACCUGCAGAUUUCUUGAUCAAAUGCAAUAUUAUUUUGUGUUUUCAUCCAUGUGUAACUUAUCCAUCGUCUCUUUGUGGUUUAAUCAAAGCCAGCCACUUGAAUUGUAACAUUCCAUUUGAUGUCGUCAACAUCUCCCAAGUAUCUCGUCUCAUUUCUUUUGUCUGUAACAUUGAAACCUCUUCCAGAGUCUCAAAUAAAGUGUCUCUCUGUUCA